AUGCCUCCAUUUGAAGAUUGGAACAAAGUUGAAGAAGAUGAGGACGAUGAACUGCAAGAUACCUCUAUAUUCGAGGGCAAACGUGACAUCAUUCUAUUCGCUAUUGACUGUUCUGAGUCCAUGCAGGCAUUUCAUGACGACUCGAACAAAGAGGGUAGUCAAACGUCGCAUCUCUUUGCUGCGCUCCAAGCGGCUAUGAAACUUCAGAAGCGGAAAGUGGUUGUUGGCCCAAAUGAUGCUGCCGGAAUACUUUUAUUCAACACCUCGAGAAAAAGUGAAAACAUGGAACGCGGAGCAACAGAGUAUAAGAGCGGAACAUUUGUAUACGAACCAGUAGGACAAAUCGACGCCCCGAAGAUCCAAAAUCUUAUUCAACUCCUCCAUGAGGCGAAGGAUAACCACAAGUGGCUGCGUUACGAAUUUCCACCUUCAGAAAAGCAAGUUCCGUUAGGGGAUGUCUUCACAAGUUGCAAUUGGGCCUUGCGAGACGGAAUGCCGAAGUCCGGGAUUAAACGUAUUUUCCUUAUUACUGACGAGGAUGACCCUCAUCCUGGUGCAAAGAAUGCUCAACUCGUUACAUCUGCACAGACGACACUACUUGAUUUAACCCAAGCAGGCGUCUCUGUGGAGCCUUUCUUCAUUAGUACAGAAGAGAAAUCGUUCGAUCCGACUAAGUUCUAUUCGGCAGUUCUUGGAUCAUCCCUUGAAGAAGAGGCGGAAGAGAGUGAUGGCUUACUCUCUGAUGCCAUCUCCGUCUCGCGCAUCGACGACCUACUUGCUCAAAUGCGUUUCCGUGAAAUGCCAAAACGUGCUCUCUUUAGCAUUCCGUUUGAACUUGGUGAUGGGUUUGUCAUUGGGGUGAAAGGAUAUGGGCUUGUGACGGAGCAGAAGAAGGGCCACUACAAGUAUUUCAUGGACAUGGGCGACCGACUUGAAGUUGUCGAGCCAAAGACUCUUUACGUUGACGAGAAUGAGCAACGUGAAAUCGAUAAGACGAAGGUUAUGUAUGGCAUGCAAUUAGGUCCUCCCGCAGAAGAGAAUGAAGACGAGGAGUACGGCGUCCGCGUUGUUCCGAAACGAAGCAAGGUUUUCUACACCGCAGAGGAAGUCAGAGCGUUCCGGACUCUCGGAUUGUCACCAGGUCUAAAGCUGCUUGGAUUUAAAGAUGAGACAGAGCUUGCCAUUGAGGACAAUGUUCGCCAUUCUUUAUUCAUCUAUCCCGACGAACAGAAUUAUUCCGGAUCAAAACGAACGUUUACUGCUCUGUUAAAGACACUAAAGAAGAAAAGGAAGAUUGGGCUCGUACGGGCACUCCUACGCUCCAACUCUUCACCAAUGUUUUGUGCACUGUGUCCCCAAGAAGAGAAAGAAGACGAGAACGGGUUUGUUGAGCCUGCCGGAUUCCAUCUUAUUCCCUACCCGUUCGCGGAUGAUCUGCGCGCUGCUCCUAUUGAACAAGGUGUUCGAGCCUCAACCGACGCACUCGAUGUUGCAAAGCAAUGGAUAUCGAAACUGCAGAUAAAAAGUGGUGGAUAUCCACCAGACGCGAACCCCAAUCCUGCACUCGCAUUUCAUUACGCACAGCUUGAAGCCAGUGCGUUCCGCGAAGAGUACGACCCAGACACAUUUAAGGAUCCGACAUUACCGAAGCUUGAUAUGAUUCAUAAGCGAGCAGGGCCGUUAAUUAAGGAGUGGAAGAAGAUUGUUGGGAGCAAUGAGAAUGCAAAUACCACGUUCAUUCAAAAGGCAGGGACGAAGCGGAAGGCGGAUACAUCUGUGCUAGAAGCAGAAAUCCGGAGCAAAAAUGAAAGCGGACAGUUGGGCAAAUUGAAGGUGGAUCAGCUGAAGGAGUUUCUCAAAAGCAAGAGCUUGUCGGUUUCUGGCAAGAAGUCGGACUUACUCGAUCGGGUUGUCGAUUAUCUUGAAAGUCAUUAA